AUGGAGGAAGAGGAUGGCGGCAGCGACGGGCUGAACAAGCAAAUCCUCAUCCAGUUUGUGAACCACGAGAACAAGUCGACAGGCCCAGUAAUCAACGUGCCGCUGAGCAUAACGAAGGAUAACUUGGAUGAGCUAAUAAACGAUUUGAAAGCAAAAAAUGACCAUCCCAUUCAAGACGAUGACCAUCAAAGUCUCAACUAUUCCUUUAUGAUCAAUGACAAGUUGCCAAUAAAAAAUAACCUGUAUGAUGCUAUAAAGAAUAAUACCAUAAGUAGCGAGGAUAUUUUACGUAUAAAAUAUUUCCCUUUAAAUCUUUUUAAAAUUAAAAGAAUCACCACGUGCAAUUCUACCUUGCCUGGUCAUACGAAUUCCAUUCUCUGUUUAGCAUUCAGUCCAAAUAGCUCCCAUUUGGCCACCGGCUCAGGGGACAACACAGUUCGGCUGUGGGAUAUCAACACGCAAACACCUAUCGCCACGCUGAAGGACCACACAAACUGGGUGCUAUCUGUUUUGUUUUCCCCAGAUAAUCACUUCCUAGCCACAGCGGGCAUGGACCAAAAUGUCUUUAUAUACGAAACGCACACGGGGAAAUUAGUAAAUAAAUUAAGUGGCCACAAAAAGGAAGUCACAACGUUGUGCUUUGAGCCCCUCCACUUGCUCAACAGAAACUGCAUACAGAGAAGUGCCCCUGAGGUGAGGAAGCGGAAAAAGGAAAACGAAACGGGAAAGGAAACGGGAAAGGAGGAAAGAAAUGGCGCCAAAAGGGGGAAACCCAACGCAGAGGCGGAAUUGGAGGCCUCUUCUGGUGGACCCCCAAAUGGGGAAGCGAAACAAAAUAAAAGGAAAAAGGGGGACGAAGGUGAGGUGACGGGUGACCAAUGCGGUCCAAAUAGUGCCAACGAUGAAGGAGACCCUCCGAAAAGCGGUAACGAUGGAGAAGCCCCCCCAAAAGGUGACAACGAUGGAGAAGCCCCCUCAGAAGAAGCCCCUUCGAAAGGCGCCUACUUCCUAAAGUGCCGACUCGCCAGCGCGGGCAAGGACGGCUGCAUCCGAAUCAACAACGUGCUGAGCAACUGCGUGGAGAAGGUGCUGACCGGCCACACCAACACCAUCACGUGCAUCCUAUGGUCUGGCGCGGACGAGCAGAACAGCAGGCUCUACAGCAGCUCCAGGGAUACCACCAUCAAAGUGUGGAAUCCCAACGAAGGAACGCUCCUUCACAAUUUUAAGGGGCACAAGCACUGGGUCAAUUGCCUUUCCAUAAACACAGAAAGGAUAAUCAAAAAUGGCAUUUACAACUUAGACGUAGUCAUAAACAAAAUGCACAUAGAAAAUCAUAUUGAAAAAUCGAAAAGAAUUUUUAAAAACUUUUUCCAGACCAUACCGAACGAAAAAGUGGUAAGCGGAUCGGACGAUGGGACACUCUACCUACUUGAGUGUCUACCAAAUGAUGAGUUCAAAUCGACCAGAUUAGUAGGUCACCAGAAGACAGUUAUACACGCACAGUUUUCUCCUGAUGGGAAAUUCAUUGCUUCCUGUUCUUUCGAUAACUCCGUUAGAGUGUGGUCCGGAAUUGAUGGCCAAUUUUUAACCGUCUAUCGUGGCCAUGUUGGGCCCGUUUACAAAGUCGUGUGGUCCAUUGAUAGCAAUUACGUGGUUUCGUGCAGCCAAGAUAGCACCUUGAAAUUGUGGAAGGUCAGCCACCUCCUCUCUCAAUUAAAAAAGAAGAAGCUAACUCCCCCAGGGGAAGAAGAUGCAACUGUUCCAAGCAGUGGGACUUCCAAAGAGGGGGACGGGAAAAACGAUUCGAAGAACCAAAAUGGGAAGGACAGCUCUAAUGGGAAAAACUCCAAAAAGGUGAAAACGCUGCUUGUGGACCUUCCGGGGCACUCGGACGCUGUGUACGCCAUCGACUGGUCCAACGACGGCAAGUAUGUCGCCUCCGGGGGGAAAGACAAGCUUCUGAAGAUAUGGUCCUCCUGA